CAAAAAGAGGAAAAUGACCUAAUAUUUGUUUAUUUGUCGUUGAUGAUGAUAAAGAUAUCGGUAAUUUCAUCGAAAUUCCGAGUGAUCCACAUUUAACAACUGAUGUGCCAAAACGAAAUGUAACAAUGUCUUCCAAUCUGAGGCAGAGGUUCUGCGUGGCCUUGACUGGCUUCUCGAAUGAGGAACGGGAGAGGUUGAUAGGCGUGAUCAAGAAGUUGGGUGGGAUGUACAACUCAUGGCAGUCAUGUGACCAGCAGGGUUUCACACCAAGCUGCACACAUGUUAUCUGUUCCAAACCGACUCGCAGUGAAAAGUUUCUUGCGGCUUGUGCCACAGGCAAAUGGAUUGUCACAUCAAAAUGGCUCUUGGAUAGUGCCAAAAAGGGAAAAUGGCUAAAUGAGGAUGAUUAUGAAUGGAGUCCAAAGGUUCCCUGUCAACCAAGUCAGCAAUUCCAAACGGGUAUCUUAGCAGCUCCCAAAAAAUGGAGAAAGACGAUCGCUAGUUCAGGCGUUGGGCCAUUCUCAGAUUGGAAGGCUGCUGUUGUUGUGGCGGAUGAGAGGAAGAGAGUUGUAUAUAAGAGACUAUUGAGAUAUGGUGGAUGCAAGGUGAUAGAACUAAAAGUUCAAAAUCAAAAAUUCAAUUUGACAGAAGUCGUCAAUUCGGAGGUGCUGUACAUUUUCUUGGAUGAAGGAACUAAAGCCAGUGCCUCUACAUUGUUUGAAUGUGGUGUGAUGUGCCUGCAUCCAGAAUUCAUUGGAGAUUUUCUUGUUGCGUCACCGUCGCCUGAUCCCAGUGACUACACUAUUGGUUGUGCCAUCACUGGGUCACAGCGUUCGAUCGCCUCAACCCAGCAGUCGUCUGCACUAAUCAGCUGCAGCCAAUCUUCAGCGACGUCAACAACAGAUCUUUGUCUGCCUCGCUCAGAGUCACAUGUUCAGGAGUUUCAACCAGAGAUUAUUGAAGUUUCUCGACGCGGAAGCAAACGUAUGUGUGUACAGGAGAAACGUGGAGUGGAUGAAGUGGAUUCCUGUUGCGUGAAAGUGACGAAAAAAAAGCGAUCAGGACUAACAAUGAGACCUGGCACAAAUUCUCAAUCAUCUAAUUCUAGUCUGGACAACUCUGGCUCUCAGUCAUCAAGUGAAUUUCAAGAGUCCGCAAUAACUCGGGGGAAAAGAAAACGCACCAAAGCAUCUUCUUCAGUUCAUGUAUUGAGCAACACAAAAUCUGAUCCAAAGCAACAGUCAUUGCUACUGACCCUGGCCCAGAAGACAACUCUGUCAACACUUAUUGGAAAAAGUGUUGUGCCAAAUGAUUUGUCAGUAUCCAAUAAACCAAACGAUCUGUCCGCAUCGGAGAAAAUUGUUGAGAAGACAUUGUCAGUCAUUGGGGCUGGUACGGUGCAGGGCAAGACUGUCCUGAAGAAACUGCGUGAGGGAUCUCCGAGGAAAGAAUCUGGGAAGUCGGCAACUCUGUCUCAAAGUCGGAAAAGUGUAUCAUCUGUGGUUGAUUCUGAGCUGAGUGAGACACAGGCUUCACCCUUAAAAUUGUCAGUGUCGACACGUAGUCGGGUGUCGCAACUUCUACAGAAUGUCAUAGUUGGCGUUAGUGAUGUUCAACAUAGUCUUGACACUGCUCCUCGUAUUAAAACAGUAAGUACAGGGAUAACACCAGGGAGCACUCCUAGUCCUACGAGUACUCCACCUCCGUCAAGGAGUUCUUCACCCUGUACUUUCAACAAAAGGCUUGAGGUCAAGCUUAUGCGGCUGGAAUCCAAGUCACCCCGGAGGUCUUCGCCGAAGUCUGUUGUUCUAUCUGAACCUACGAAAGACAGUAGCAGUGUUGUUAGUAAACCUACAGAAGGCACUAGCACUAGCAGUAUUGUUGGAAAACCUCCUGGCAGCAACAGACUUGAGGUCAAGCUUAUGCGGCUGGAAUCCCAGUCACCCCGGAGGUCUUUGCCGAAGUCUGUUGUUCUAUCUGAACCUACGAAAGACAGUAGCAGUGUUGUUAGUAAACCUACAGAAGGCACUAGCACUAGCAGUAUUGUUGGAAAACCUCCUGGCAGCAACAGACUUGAGGUCAAGCUUAUGCGGCUGGAAUCCCAGUCACCCCUGAGGUCUUUGCCGAAGUCUGUUGUUCUAUCUGAACCUACGAAAGACAGUAGCAGUGUUGUUAGUAAACCUACAGAAGGCACUAGCACUAGCAGUAUUGUUGGAAAAUCUCCUGGCAGCAACAGCUGUGGUGUGCCAAAAUAUACGAACAGUGGUACUGGUGGUGCUGCAAACUCUGGUGGGGACAAGAGUAGCUCUGUUUUGCCAACAUCGAGUGCCAUAGAUCAUGAAAUCACUGACAAGCUGACCUCUGAUGACAGUAGAAUUGAUCCCAAGAUAGGAGCCAAAAGAAAACUGACUGAUGAUGAUACUGUUCUCGGUGCCUUGCAAGUCAUCAAGAAGAAAAAGAUAUCUGAGGUCCAUUGGAUGCCAACGCAGAUAUUCUCCCCAAAAUCAGCAAAGGAGGACUUGGAUGAAAAGGACUACCUUUCCGUUAUGCCCAUGAGCAACGCACUCUGCAACAUCUUUGAAGCGGCUGUGGAGGAGAACCACUUUCUGUCAUCCUUGGACAUCAUACUGUCGUCGAUGUCGACUUCCAAAUACCCAACAGCUCGAGUCAUAUAUCAUAUCAUCCAGGGGCUUUUGGCAAGUGAUGAUGCGGCAAGUAGUGAGGAAGCCUUCAGUACUUUGAUGAACAUCCUGCACAUGCACCCUCCAUCAAGCAGUGCCAUGAGAACCAUUUACCUACAGUCUCUUCUGAACCCUGCGAUAGCAGAACACCCCAAAUGUGCCGAGUGGGAUUUUAUAAACACUGUCAUGGAGAAGUGCCUUGGAAAUUCAGAAGAGUUUGUUACUAAUUAUCGAAUGGAAGAAAAAAAAGCACAGCCAGUUGAUCCCGUUCUUCUUGAACAGAACUGUCGGUCUGUUCUGAAAUUCAUCGUGGCUUUCCUUGAACAGGAUUAUCUAUCGUUCUCGCAAAGGGACAAUUCCAAGAGACUAAAAAGAACGUUGCUGUUAGGGCAAUUACUCUGGCCUGGUGGAGUUAACCUUGGGGUGGUGAACAGAUCUGUUCGAGACCUACUGGAUUGCUUCACUGCAGCAAUCAGCCAAUCCAUUGGUGAUGAAGGAUACAAGGAUGAUAGUACAAGCCAGUUACAGAGUCUUGUGUUUCUGGCCUUUGAGUGUAUUUGCUUGUCCGAAGGAAGAGGGACUGACACCAGAUUCAGUUUUGGACCAAAGACGUCAUUAUUCCUGCACGAAUUGACAAACAGGCUGCUGAGUGAAUUUGGUGACCAGCCCGAACAUUUACUGAAGGCGAUCGAAACCAUGAAGAGUCCCAAAUUGGUAAUGAGGGUGAGCCAACUGGCACUGGACACACUCGAUGACAGCCUCCUUCCAGAGGAUGAAGGAGAUGAGCUGACGCUGGAGAAAAUAGUGCAGCACUAUUUCUACCUAUUGCCCAAACUGGUUGGAGUAACUGCCAUGACAACUCCGAAGAAGAAGAAGACUUCACCAUUAUCAAGUGUUGGAAAUUCUCAGCCAACCCCAAGCUCCUCUUUCAACACUCCGCUCAGCCAGGCAAAGAGGUCCUUGUCAAAUCACGCCAGCCCAAAUGUGUCAUCGCUGAAAUUUGGCAAAAACAUCAACAAGAGGAAUCCAAAAGGUGAAACCCUACUGCAUGUGGCAUGCAUCAAGAACAAUGUUGUCAGGGUUCGUGAGCUUCUCACUAUACCUGGUAUUGAUGUGAAUGUCACCGACUUUGCUGGAUGGACACCGCUACAUGAAGCUUGUAAUCAUGGUCACGUGGAAUGUAUCAAGGAGUUGCUGGUAUUCAAACCACAUAAAACCAUUACCAGCUAUUUUGGCAAAGAGAAAACAAAUGGUAUCGAUAUGUUGGCUGCAAAUGAAGAAGGCAUCACUCCCCUCCAUGAUGCCGUGCUAAAUGAUCAUAAGGAAGCCGUCAGAUUACUACUCUGUCAUGGAGGAGCAAAGCUGCUGAAACCUCGCACUGUCCUUGGCUUCUCUCCUGCUGAUCUUGCUGAAACUGAUGAGAUGCGUGAACUACUGACGACAAAAGAUUUCUCUUCAUUGGAAAGCCCAUGCAAAAAGCGUGUAUCGCUAUCAUUCCUAUCGUCCCAGUCCCAGGACAGCUUCUCACAGCAGAGUCAGACCAGCAACCUCAGCUUCAACGACAGCAGUUUAGGCCCGUGCGAUGAGGCCUAUGAAGAGGUCCUCGGUCCUGCUUCAUUGCGGAAGGCGUCUACCUCAACUGAUUGUUAUAAAUACGUCCUGUUCGUCUAUCAUUUGCUACAGUCGUAUUUGGAAGUCUAUGGCAUCUGCGCCAUGUUUGAUUACGUCCUUGAGGCGGACCCAGAUCAGAAACCAGAACAUGUGGAACUCUUCGACAACGUGGAAGAAGUUUUCAACGACGAUAACAACAACUUACGUGUUUCUGAACAUGAUUCUGAUAAAUUAGUCAUUAGUAGAACGCGAUCAGGGCGCGUGGUUCAAAAGAAAACAUUUGGCGAUUACGUCACAGAUGAGAAAAAUCGUCUGGAAAAGAAACCUGACAAACUUAUUGACUUUACAGUGAAGGAUCUAGUAGAAACUGUGCCUGAAACAGCACAGAAAACACACUCUGGUCAAGGUGGCCAAAGUCUCAAAACUGAUCGAAGAGAAUUGGGAACUUGUCAGAAGGACCUUGCCAUCUAUGUUGAUCUUGAUAGUCACAUUAAACAAUUCAAACAUCACCUUGCUACGAUUUCUAACCAAACGAUCGAUGAUGUUUGCAAAAUGGUUCUGAUUCAGAUGAGUCUAUUCGGGCACGAUUACUUGGACUAAGUCGGGUGACGAGAACUGUCAAGAAAACUUGAAUCCAGCAAACUCAAUGGGUGAUAUGAAUAAAGACUAGUAAAUGCUUUUACUUCAGUUUUGUAUAGAAAGGCCUAGUGUAAAUGUACAUGGAGAUUUAGAUAAAAGCAUUUGCUAGUUUUUAUUCAUAUCACCCAAUGAGUCUUUCUGGAGUUCAUGUUGUUUGUCAUUUAGAUGCAUUUAAAUUUUAUCUCUAUGAUCAUGGUCAAGCUGUAAAUUGUUUGACAUAUAUAAAAACUUUGUACAUGUACAUGUCAUUUACUAAUGUCAAGCACUGCCCAUAGCAGUACCGUUUCAGGCCCCUACCAGUCUUGAUUCGAUUGUUAUGAACUUUUUUUAGUCAUAGACCUAAUCACAGCCAAGAACUUCCUACAUAAAAAUGUGAAGUUUAUAGGUCUUCCUUACAAUAAAUUUCACAAAUUUGGUGUGUUGUGAAAAAGAUGAGUCCUUCAUGCAUUUGAUUACGACUACUGCCAACUGCCUGGUCAUGUAUUUUGUUAAAAUUUCUCAGAUUUCUAUUGAUUGUUAUUCAUAUAUGUAACCAUGUUAACUGCCACUCUUUAGGUGCAAUCUCGCGGUUUUGUGAAGUAUAAAAACAAAUGGAGCCUUUAAACUGCCUUCAUAUACAUGUAGUACAUGUAUGUCUUUUAUUAAUGUGCCUUUAUAAAAUAAAAUAGUUCAGUAACAGCAUAAUUGUAAGGUACUUGUAUUACAUGAAGAAAGUGUCCACCGACAAAGUUAUUUGUAAUGCAGCCCAGUAUACAUGAAACCCUAUUGUGGGUGGACAUUUUCCUGGCUGAUUGGAAUUGCUCAUUCUAAAUAACAACCAAGAUGUUCAAUGGACCUUCUUUCCUGUGACAAAACACUCAUUUUGUAAUUGUAAUGAAUAUGUUUUUUGUACCAAGUGAUUUUAUUGUUUCAUUAAACUAAUGAUUUCAAACUGCUCAAAUCAAAUUAGUGUUGUCUUAAUCUUUAUGCUACUUGCAGAAAGUAUUCCCACAUCUAAUGGCAAAGUAGCAGUGGAAUCUAUCUUCAGUUGCCUCACG